UGGGACAUCUCACAUCUAUGAAAAUUACAUAGAAACCAACCUCACUGUGACACGAGUUUGAAAACAGUGUUCAUCAGUAGGUAUUUUUCAAGUAGCUUAAAAAAAAAAGUAAUGGACUAGUAAUUUUUAUUUUCAGUCAUCUCCAUGUUAUUAAAAAAAUAAAUUUAUUUUUUCAAAUAUUUUAAAUUUAAACCAUUUCAAAUGAGUCAUACAGAAAGCUUCGAAAUAGAUGUACGCUACCAAAUAAGUAGUGACAUGUAUGCCUUUCUGAGUGAAACAACAGAUUGGUAUGAUACUGUCGAAGCUCUUGUGGUGGAUGGGAAAACUCGUCUUAAACUACCAAUUGAAAUUUUUGAUCAAGUUGCCAUUAACCUUUCGAAUCUUAUUUUAUCCCGGCCGUUAUUGUAUUUUUCCGCUUGUGAAGAAGGUUACCAACGUUUUUAUGAUUCCAUUGUUGCUGGUCAUGGAGGAGUAUCUCAAGGUGACAAUAAGGAGUUUCUGGAUGGCUUGGAUCUCAUACAGUCACACCGCGAGGCUUAUCGGCACGUCUUGUAAAUCGACUUGUUUGUGUUGAAGGGAUCGUAACGCGCUGUAGGUAUAUGACGGACCUUUGGCAUCCUUUAACUGUGAACAUAUUUCAUAAGGUUCGUUACUUCGCUCUAAAUUAUCUCGAUCGGUCCAUCUAUGCGAUAAAAACGCUUACGUUAUAACUAGAGAACAUUAUGACAUCCAUUCUCUCCAAAAUAGUUCUCAAUUAGUGAAUAGGGGAGUUCCUAAAACAGAUAAGGAUGGUAAUCCAUUAAAAAUGGAAGUUGCAUUAUCUGAUUUUAAGGAUGGUCAAACCAUCACGCUUCAAGAAAUGCCAGAAAGUUCACCUACAGGUCAACUGCCAAGAUCAAUAGAAGUUUCUUUGGAAGAUGAUCUGACAGAUGUCGCCAAGCCAGGGGAUCGUGUUAGGAUUUUUGGGGUUUAUCGCGCUGUGGCUUUUAAAAAAAUGAAUCGGUUCUCUGGAUUAACACGCGCAUUUUUAAUAGCCAAUAGUAUAGAGCAUCUUAAAGGGGACGUCUUAGCGCCAGAAAUCACUCCUUUUGAUAUUCGUAUGAUUAAGGAAGUUACAUCGCGUUCAGAUGCCUUUCACAUCAUAUCACAAUCAAUGGCUCCUUCUAUUUGUGGACAUGACUUGGUCAAAAAAGGUUUAUUGUUACAGUUGUUAGGUGGUCAAAGAAAAGUGGUUGACAAUGGAAUGAAGCUUCGGGGUGAUAUCCAUAUACUUUUGGUCGGCGAUCCUUCUUGUGGUAAAUCGCAAUUAUUACGUUUUGUUAUGAAUACAUCAGCAAUGACAUUGUCUACAACGGGAAGGGGCUCUUCAGGUGUUGGACUAACGGCCGCUGUUACAACUGACAAAGAAACGGGAGAACGAAGAUUGGAAGCUGGCGCCAUGGUGUUAGCUGAUGGAGGGAUUGUAUGUAUUGAUGAAUUUGAUAAAAUGAAUUCAGAAGAUAGAGUGUGUAUACAUGAAGUUAUGGAGCAGCAAACUGUGACUAUUAAUAAAGCAGGGAUUCAUGCUUCUUUGAAUGCGCGUACAUCGGUACUUGCUGCGGCCAAUCCAGUUUACGGUUGUUUUGAUCCCAUGUCACCCUUAAAGUCUCAAAUUACGUUUCCUGAUUCCCUUUUAACCCGUUUUGAUUUAAUCUUUAUUAUAAGAGAUUCUCAGUCAAGUGAGUCAGAUCGAAGAAUUUGUUCACAGGUGGUUCGUCAACUGCAAUAUCGCCCUUCCUCUACAUCAUUGGUAACGUCAAACACUUAUGAUCAAGUGGGUGGGGAUGAUGAAUGGGGAAUUUUACAAGCUAAAGUAGACAGCAUACCUAAACAAGGUGAUGCACAAUAUUGGGAAACAAGUCUUCGCUCAUCAUGGGUUCCUGGAAGCGUAGCUGCGAGUAAAAUACUCACAGUUGAAUUUUUACAGAAAAUCAUUUAUUAUAUUAAGAAUACAUGCCCUGUCCCCAUCUUAGGAGAAGCUGCAAUAAAUCGCAUUUCAAAGUUUUAUGCGGAAUUGCGUCAAUCGCUAUCAGGAGACUCCAACACAAAUAACACAUAUAGACAAACUCGGAUUGUACCUACAGCUAGAACACUUGAAGCCUGUGUUCGUUUGGCCACUGCUCAUGCCAAACUCAAGUUAAAAACAGUCACAGAUGAGGAGGAUGUCAAAGUUGCAGAAGAACUGCUUGUUUACACGUUAACCGGACAACCUCCAGAGGGUUAUACAAAAGACGGAACACUGUUGGACGCCCGACCACCGCACCAAUCCAGUGAAGGAAAUGCUUCUUGUACUCCCAAAAAACAAAGAAAACGAUCGCGUAAUUUAAAUCAAGAUGUUGAUACGGCGUUAUCAGACAAAUCUUUAAUGUUUUUAAAUAAAAAAAAAUCCAAAUCUGAUUAUAAUCAUUCAAACAAUGAUCCUACAACGUCCUCCCUUAUACCUAUUGAAGAAACUUCUCCGAAUUGUGAUCUAGAUGCUGCUUCACAAGGAAGCGUGGAUUCUUUAGAAUUACCUGAACUCACUUCUGGCAAAUCAUGUAUUAGUACUAAACGACUGAAGAUGUUGAUGAAGGCUAUUGCAGAGAUUCAAUCUUCUUUAGUGGCCGACUCUAUAACGCCUCACGAACUUGUUGAAAUGGUGAAUCAACGGUCGGAUAAAAAAAAAUUCUCUUCAUCCGAAUUUCUUGCUGGAUUGCAUAGUUUACAAGCAGACAAUAAGAUCAUGUUUGUAGAUGGAGAGAUUUGGUUUAUAUAAUCCAAAGUAUUUUAUCAAUAGAACCCGUUUUCUUCUCUACUUUAAAAAUAUUUUUUUGUUACUGAAUAUGUUUUUAACUUUUUCUUACUGUAAUACAUACUGCUUUUACUUUCUCAACACUGAUUACUUUUCAAUUAACGUAAAGAAAA